CACAGGCAAGGUACUUUCGAAGUGUACGUAUGCCAAAUACAACUGGAUUACUUACGCACAGACGAAUACGCGCAUCAUCAGUUUCGCGAAGGGACUUCGAAGCAUAGGCAUCCAGCCCAAGUCGAAUGUUUGCAUCUUCAUGAACACCAUGGCCGAUUGGCAUAUCGCAGCGCAGGGAUGCUUUCAAAGCAACAUCGUGAUUGCCACCAUCUAUGCUACUCUAGGCGAAGAAGCUCUAGCUUAUGGAUUUAAUCAAACCGAGACGCCAGUUGUCAUCACCGAAGGUCAGUUAUUGCCUGCCAUCGCCAAGGUUGCAAAAGACUGCCCCAGUCUUAAGAGUAUAAUCUACUCUGGUGAGAAGCCUGCCGGAAUUGAGCUGCCCGAGGGAAUCACUCUGUACGCCUUCGAGGACAUCGUCAAGAUGGGUGGUGAGAACAACGAUCAAGAGCUCACGCCCCCGGCGAAGGAUGAUAUUGCCGUAAUUAUGUACACAUCAGGAUCGACUGGUCUCCCUAAGGGUGUCAUGCUGACGCACUACAACGUUGUGACCACCAUGAUUGGCUUCAAGCACGGGCUUCCCUCUGUAGUUCCGGGAGAAGACUGUUUCAUUGGCUUUUUGCCGCUCGCACAUAUCUUCGCCUUGUGUGCGGAGAUGUUCCUUUUGUCUCAGGGAUGUAUGAUUGGCUACGGCAGUGCACUCACACUCACUGACACCUCCCCCAAGAUCAAAUUCGGUACCAAAGGUGACAUUUCGGAGUUGCGCCCUACCUACAUGGCGGCCGUACCUACUAUCAUGGAUCGUAUCAGGCAGGCAGUUACCGGUAAAGUCGCGGCGGGGUCUACCAUUGUGCAGAAGCUGUUCAAUCGUGCUUUCAAGUCGAAAAACGAGGCAUACUCACAUGGAAAGCACACCCCUAUCUGGGACGCUAUCGUAUUCAACAAGAUCAAGAUUGUACUUGGUGGAAACAUUAAGGCCAUUUUCUCCGGAGGUGCACCCUUGGCCGCAGAUUCUCAACGUUUUAUGAACGUCGUUUUCGGUGUACCCGUUUGCCAGGGUUACGGUCUCACCGAGACCUGCUCUGCAGGCACCGUAGCUUCCACGUCCGAUCUGAACUCGUACGGUAAAGUAGGUGGCCCCUUCAGCAGUAUCAAUUUGAAGAUGGUCGACUGGGAGGAGGGCAACUAUCGAGUCGCCGAUCUCAAGAACAAGAACAUUGGGAUGCCCAGAGGUGAAAUUGUACUUGGUGGUGGCAGUAUCUCACAAGGAUACUACCGCAUGCCUGAUAGGACCGCAGAGGAGUUCAAACCAGAUGAGAAUGGCAAAAUCUGGUUCCACACCGGAGAUAUCGGUCAGAUGCACCCCGAUGGUACUCUGCAAAUCAUCGACCGCAAGAAAGAUCUGGUCAAACUUCAGCAGGGGGAGUAUGUGUCGCUCGGAAAGGUCGAGAGCAUGUUGAAGGCUGCCAAUUAUAUCGACAAUAUGUGCGUGUAUGCGGAUCCCUUCCAUUCCUACUGUAUCGCCAUUGUCACGGUGCUCUCGCCCGCCGUGUCAGAAUGGGCUCAGAAGAACGGAUGUGCUGGAAGUAGCUUUGAAGAAACCUGCAAGGACCUCAAAGUGGUCGCCGAAGUCCUUAGAUCGUUACAGGAUGAGGCGAAGAAGAACAAGCUCGCCAGGUUUGAGACUCCCGCAAAAGUCUAUGUCGAGCCUGAAACCUGGCUGCCUGAGGGUGGACUGGUUACUGCCAGUUUGAAGUUGCAGCGAAACAAAAUCAACCAGCAUUACAAACCAGAAAUCGAGAAAAUGCUCGAGUAAGCAGAUUUCAGUGUUAGAUGGCUGUGGGUUUACGCGAUAAAGACGCGUCCUUAAGAAUGAAUCUGGUGAGGAAAAAAGUAAUAAAGUUUUUAUAUCAGUACAAAUUGAAGGAACGAGAGUGGUCGAUCUCUGUGGCUUUUUU